ACAUCACUUUCUUUUCCUCACUUCAAGAAAUGGCAGGAGCAAACAUUUCAGCAUCAGAUGACCUGGUGACUUGCCCGGUGUGUUUAGACCCUCUGAGAGAUCCCGUCUCUCUCCCAUGUGGACACAGCUACUGUAUGAAGUGCAUUUCAGACUUCUGGGAUCAGAACAGAGAGUGCCAAUGCCCUCAAUGCAGGCAACCCUUCUCUCCGAGGCCAGAGCUGCGCAGAAACACCGUGUUGGCUGAGAUUGUGCAAAAAUUAAAGAAGGCUGAACACUUGACUUCUGAGAUGUCCUCUCUGCCUCCAAGUCAUGUUGAAUCUCGAGGUGUGGAGUGUGAUGCCUGUCCUGGGAUAAAGCUUACAGCGCAGAAGUCCUGUCUCACUUGUUUGGCCUCCUUCUGUGAGACUCACAUUCAGCCGCAUUAUGAAAUUCCUGCCUGGAGAAAUCAUAAGCUAGUAAAUCCUAUUGGGAGCAUGCAGGAUAAAAUCUGUUCGGAACAUCAUAAAGCCUUGGACAUUUUCUGCAGAACCGAUGACAUGUGCAUCUGCUAUUUGUGUGUAGCCACCGAUCACAAGAGUCAUGACACAGUGGAGCCGCAACAUGAAAGAACUCUAAAAGAGACCCUGCUGGGGGAGACGCUGAUACAAAUCCGAGAGAAAAUCCACGUGAGGGAGAGGAAGCUGGCAGACACCAAGCAGUGUGUGGACCAGAUUAAGGUCUCUGCAGACAGGGAGGUGCAGACGAAUAACCAGAGCUUGGCUCGUUUCAUCUCCACUCUGGAGCAAAAGUGUGCCACAAUGACACAGCAGAUCAGAGAGCAGGAGGAGAAAGAAACCGAAAUGAGUAAAGAGCUUAUGGAGCGCCUGAAGAAGGAAAUCGAAGCGCUGAAGAGGAGAGAUGGAGAGCUGAUUGAGCUGUCGAUGACAAAUGACCACAUCUACUUUCUACAGAAGUUUUCGUCUCUCUGCUCGAUUCCUGUCGACGAUAAUUCCCUCGCCAUAAUCGUAACUGCAGAAUUCUCCACCGAUCUUCUCAGGAGGGAGCUGUUCCAUUUAAAAGAUGAUCAGGAAAAAUGUAAAGAGUGGAAACUUGUGAAAUUUGCUCCUACAGUGGCUGAAGCUCCAGUGUACAUUUUGCUGCCACCACCACCUCACAGCAGGGAAGAAUUUUUACAUUACUCCUGUCAGCUCAAAUUGGAUUCCAAAUCAGCACACAAAUACCUUGAUCUUUCUGAAGAAAACACCUUGGUAAAAUGGAGCGGAAUGAAUCCAUCAUUCGUCGACCACCCUGACAAAUUCGACUAUUAUGAACAAGUUCUUUGUAAAGAGGGUCUAACUGGAAUCCGCUGUUACUGGGAGGUGGUGUGGAAUAGAGGGGCUGUAAUCGGAGUUACGUAUAAAGGAAUUAGUAGGAAGGGAAAGGGUACAGAGUGUGGCUUGGGGUAUAAUGACAAAUCUUGGGUUUUGAUGUGUUCCGACUAUGGUUUCUCAGUUUGGCACAAUAACAAAGAAAGUAAAAUUAUUUCUCCCUGUUGUCCAAAAAUAGGGAUUUAUCUCGACCGUGAAGCUGGCUUGCUUUCAUUCUAUGCUAUCUCCGAAAAAAUGACCCUUUUGUAUAGUUUCCAAACUACCUUCACUGAACCCCUCUAUCCGGCAUUUAGACUUUGUUAUUCUUAUACUUAUUAUAAUUUUUAUUUUAGAAUUUGCAAACUACGUUGACUUACUAGCUGAGAGAUUCAAUUUUCGAACGACUAUUAAGAUGAGGGAGUAAACAUAUUUUAAGUAGUGUUGAGAGUUUGUUUUCCCUCCCACCACACUAUCUACUGCACCCAUAGAGUUUAUAAUGAGCACUAUUAUGGGGAACAUUAAAAACAGCAUGAAUAAAUAUCAUGAUUAUA